CUGUGAGGAAGAUUUCAUAUUGCAAGUGAUCAACAAGUUAUAAUGAGUUCUUGUCAUGUUCGCUUCCUUUACUUGAUGAUGCUCAUCAUUGCAUGUUGGAAUCUUAGAAUUCAAUCGGGUUCUUCAAGAAAGUUCUUACAGCCUUCUGAUAAAAAUAAUAACCCAUCAACAAUAUUAUCCAAGAAUUUACAAAAGUCAUACCCAAGUCAAAGAAAGCUUUUGAUUCAUGUGACAGAUAGUUGCACAAACAGAGAUAUAAGCAUCUCACAAAGUAGAGAUUUCACUUCUGGGAUCCCUCAGUACAUAGUUCAGAUUGCCAACACCUGUGUUUCAGGUUGUGCUCCUUCAGAUAUUCAUCUCCACUGUGGUUGGUUUGCUUCUGCAAGAAUGGUAAACCCAACAACUUUCAAGAGGCUUUCCUAUGAUGAUUGCUUGGUAAAUGCAGGGAAACCUUUGAACAAAAGUCAGAUUAUCAGAUUCACCUACUCAAAUUCCUUCAUGUACACACUUGCAUUCAAAUCUGCCAAAUUCUGCCAAGUCUAAACAUCCUACAUUCAGUGGUGGAAGGAGAAAGAAGAGAAACAAUUCCACAUAUACAAAGGAAUCUCCAAACCAUGGUUAUCGAUCCCAAAUCUCAAAGUCAAAGCAGAUGCCGACGAAGAGGAAGAAACGAUAUUGUCUCGGCUUUUACAAUGGUUGUAUUGUAACUUCAAACCCAGGUUUUCAGUUUUCACUUUUCACUACCAUGAUCUUGAUUCUUGUAUCUGAACCUGUCAAUGAUGUUAUAUCAUCCAGAAACUUUCAUUAUUCUGGAAUUAUGAAAAAGAAAAGAAAAUAAUUUGACUCAAAAGCUACUGUUUCUGUAGCUGCAUGGUGCAUGGAAGGUCUGAAAACGGAUGAUCUGUUCAGGCACUGCGUGUGCUUUCAUUGCAUUUUGUCUUUUCUUUGCUUUAACACAUAAUAUCACCUUGUUUUAGACCUGAAGCCGAGAGAGUGAG